AUGGGUUUCAUCACUACACAUCUACCGUAUGCUGGACGAACAACAACAUUACGAGUUGGUGAGAACUAUGUGGAGUCUAGGCAAGAUCCGAAUGCCAACCAAAUCAUCGUCCCGCAGAUGCCAACAUGGAAAAAAUACGCGCGGAUAGUUUUGCCCCAUGUUGGUCUUAUCCUGCUAUCGUUAUUGUAUGUCGUUGGAGGCGCCGUAGCCUUCUAUCAUAUGGAGCGUCCGAAUGAGAUGGCUGUUCGAGAGUCGGCGAUUAAACGGUUCAACCAACAUAAAGAACGAAUGUUAGACGAAUUAUGGACUCUAGUUGAGUCCGGUGCACCGGCAGAUUUAAUUGAGGAGCGAGCUAACCUCUACGUUGAGAAUUCAACUCGUAUUCUCUUUGAAGCUUUCGACACUCACUUCAUUAGUGCAGCUCUUCUGAAGCCUGGUGGUGAAGAUGAAGAAUACUCAUGGACAUUCAUCACAGCAUUAUUCUUUACUGCAACCCUUCUCACCACGAUUGGAUAUGGUAAUCUUGUCCCUGUAACAUGGCAUGGGAGAAUGUUCUGCAUUGCCUACGCUCUUCUUGGAGUACCUCUCAUUCUCAUCACUGUAGCGGAUAUUGGCAAAUUUCUGUCUGAAAAUAUUAUUUGGUUAUAUUCAAGAUACUCAAAAGCUCGUAAACAAUGCCGUCAUCACCACUAUAACGCUCUGCCCACAAAGGAUGAACAUAACCGAGAAGGAGAGCAAUUAAUGCAGGGCCUGGAACAAUACAUCUCGAUCCCCGUCGCUCUUAUUGUUAUGAUAUUGUUGGGUUACAUGACUGUCGGAGCAGUACUUCUUGGAUCAUGGGAAAACUGGCAAUUCUUCUCAGGAUUUUACUUCUCCUUCAUCACAAUGACUACGGUUGGCUUUGGCGACAUUGUCCCUGUUAAUCGAGAAUUCUACCUGCUUGACCUUUGCUAUAUAAUAGUUGGCCUAGCUAUAACAACCAUGUGCAUUGAUCUCGUUGGCAUACAGUAUAUCCGCAAAAUCCACUAUUUUGGUAGAGCUAUAAAGGAUGCUCGAUUCGCUCUUGUGAAUGUAGGCGGGAAAAUGGUGCAUGUGCCAGAUCUUAUGAGAUACGCAAGCGUUCUGCAACAGAAAUAUGGACAUAAGAAACCGCAGGAUACAGUAAUAGUGAAAGGAGCUUAUGCACCGAAGGAUAUCAACAAAAUUAGGUUCAUUGAUUACGGUGCAUUGGCAUCUGUGGAAAGCUUCCAGACGAUCUUCUCUAAUAUGAUGAGUACUAAAUCCAAGGAGGCGGUUGCAGUUUAG